AUGGCAAGCAGCAGCGGGGACAGUGUCACGCGCCGGAGCGUGGCCUCUCAGUUUUUCACACAAGAGGAGGGAGCAGGCAUCGAUGGUAUGACCACCUCAGAAAGGGUGGUGGAUCUCUUGAACCAGGCGGCGCUGAUCACUAAUGACUCAAAGAUCACAGUACUCAAACAGUGGAUGGUGAAGUCACGGGUCAUCAGCGAGCUCCAGGAGGCCUGCUGGGACAUGGUGUCUGCCAUGGCUGGGGACAUCAUCCUGCUGUUGGACUCUGACAACGAUGGCAUCCGUACUCAUGCCAUCAAGUUUGUGGAGGGCCUCAUCGUCACCCUGUCGCCCCGCAUGGCGGACUCGGAGGUGCCCCGGCGCCAGGAGCAUGACAUCAGCUUGGACCGCAUCCCUCGUGACCACCCCUAUAUCCAGUACACCCUGGGGUCCCUUGCCAACAUCGCCCGCCAGAGACCCAUGUUCAUGUCGGAGGUGAUCCAGGCCUAUGAAACCCUGCACGCCAACCUCCCCCCGACGCUGGCCAAGUCUCAGGUGAGCAGCGUCCGCAAGAACCUGAAGCUGCACCUGCUCAGCGUGCUAAGGCACCCGGCCUCCUCGGAGUUCCAGGCCCAGAUCACCACCCUGCUGGUGGACCUGGGCACCCCGCAGGCCGAGAUCGCCCGCAACAUGCCCAGCGGCAAGGACGCCCGCAAGCGGCCCCGCGACGACUCGGACUCUGCGCUCAAGAAGAUGAAGCUCGAGCCCAACCUGGGGGAGGACGACGAGGACAAGGACUUGGAGCCAGGCCCAUCGGGGACCUCGAAGGCCUCCGCCCAGAUCUCGGGCCAGUCAGACACGGACAUCACGGCCGAGUUCCUGCAGCCUCUGCUGACGCCUGACAACGUGGCCAAUCUGGUCCUCAUCAGCAUGGUGUACCUGCCCGAGGCCAUGCCCGCCUCCUUCCAGGCCAUCUACACCCCGGUGGAGUCAGCAGGCACCGAAGCCCAGAUCAAGCACCUGGCUCGGCUCAUGGCCACACAGAUGACGGCUGCGGGACUGGGGCCAGGUGUGGAGCAGACCAAACAAUGCAAGGAGGAGCCCAAGGAAGAGAAGGUGGUGAAGCCGGAGAGUGUCCUGAUCAAGCGGCGCCUGUCAGCCCAGGGCCAGGCCAUCUCGGUGGUGGGCUCCCUGAGCUCCAUGUCCACUCUGGAGGAGGAGGCGCCCCAGGCCAAGAGGAGGCCAGAGCCCAUCAUCCCCGUCACGCAGCCCCGGCUGGCAGGUGCAGGCGGGCGUAAGAAGAUCUUCCGUCUUAGUGAUGUGCUGAAGCCCCUGACUGACUCCCAGGUGGAGGCUAUGAAGUUGGGUGCUGUGAAGCGGAUCCUGCGGGCUGAAAAGGCUGUGGCCUGCAGCGGGGCGGCCCAGGUGCGUAUAAAGAUCCUGGCCAGCCUGGUGACACAGUUCGACUCGGGCCUGAAGGCCGAGGUCCUGUCCUUUAUCCUGGAGGACGUGCGGGCCCGCCUGGACCUGGCCUUUGCCUGGCUCUACCAGGAGUACAACUCCUACCUGGCUGCUGGGGCCUCGGGCAGCCUGGACAAGUAUGAGGACUGCCUCAUGCGCCUGCUCUCUGGUCUGCAGGAGAAGCCGGACCAGAAGGAUGGGAUCUUCACCAAGGUGGUGCUGGAGGCACCACUGAUCACAGAGAGCGCCCUGGAGGUGAUUCGCAAGUACUGCGAGGACGAGAGCCGCACCUACCUAGGCAUGUCCACGCUGCGAGACCUGAUCUUCAAGCGCCCAUCCCGCCAGUUCCAGUACCUGCAUGUCCUGCUAGACCUCAGCUCCCAUGAGAAGGACAAGGUGCGUUCCCAGGCCCUGCUCUUCAUUAAGCGCAUGUAUGAGAAGGAGCAACUGAGAGAAUACGUGGAGAAGUUUGCCCUCAACUACCUGCAGCUCCUGGUCCACCCCAACCCGCCGUCGGUGCUGUUUGGUGCUGACAAGGACACAGAGGUGGCAGCGCCCUGGACCGAGGAGACAGUGAAGCAGUGUCUGUACCUCUACCUGGCCCUCCUGCCGCAGAACCACAAGCUCAUUCACGAGCUGGCGGCCGUGUACACGGAGGCCAUCGCGGACAUCAAGCGGACGGUGCUGAGGGUCAUAGAACAGCCGAUCCGAGGCAUGGGCAUGAACUCGCCAGAGCUGCUGCUGCUGGUGGAAAACUGUCCCAAGGGGGCAGAGACACUGGUCACCCGAUGUCUGCACAGCCUCACAGACAAAGUGCCGCCCUCCCCGGAGCUGGUGAAGCGGGUCCGUGACCUGUACCACAAGCGCCUGCCUGACGUCCGCUUUCUCAUCCCCGUGCUCAACGGUCUGGAGAAGAAAGAAGUGAUCCAGGCCCUGCCCAAACUCAUCAAACUCAACCCCAUCGUGGUGAAAGAGGUCUUCAACCGCCUGCUGGGCACACAGCACGGUGAAGGGAACUCGGCCUUGUCCCCCCUGAACCCCGGAGAGCUUCUGAUUGCGUUACACAACAUCGACACUGUGAAGUGCGACAUGAAAUCCAUCAUCAAAGCCACCAACCUGUGCUUUGCUGAGCGGAACGUGUACACAUCGGAGGUGCUGGCUGUCGUGAUGCAGCAGCUGAUGGAGCAGAGCCCCCUGCCCAUGCUGCUCAUGAGGACCGUCAUCCAGUCCCUGACCAUGUACCCCCGCCUCGGGGGCUUCGUCAUGAACAUCCUGUCCCGCCUCAUCAUGAAGCAGGUGUGGAAGUACCCCAAGGUGUGGGAGGGCUUCGUCAAGUGCUGCCAACGCACCAAGCCCCAGAGCUUCCAGGUCAUUCUGCAGCUGCCGCCCCAGCAGCUGGCAGCCGUCUUUGACAAGUGCCCCGAGCUCCGUGAGCCCCUGCUGGCCCACGUCCGCUCCUUCACACCCCACCAGCAAGCUCACAUCCCCAACUCCAUCAUGUCCAUCUUGGAGGCCAGUGGCAAGCAGGAGCCUGAGGCCAAGGAGACACCUGUGGGGCCCCUGGAAGAGGACGACCUGGAGCCCCUGGCCCUGGCGCCGGCCCCGGCCCCCCGGCCGCCACAGGACCUCAUCGGCCUGCGGCUGGCCCAGGAGAAGGCCCUGAAGCGGCAGCUGGAGGAGGAGCAGAAGCUGAAGCCCGGGGGAGUGGGGGCCCCCUCUUCCUCCGCCGCCCCCGCUUCCACAGCCCGGCCAUGCCCUCCCCCACCCGAGGAGGGUAUGGAUUUUCGGGAGGAGGGGCCCGAGUGCGAGACCCCAGCCAUCUUCAUCAGCAUGGACGACGACUCGGGGCUGACCGAGGCUGCGCUCCUGGACUCCAGCCUGGAGGGGCCCCUGCCCAAGGAGGGGGCAGCACCACCGGGCGGGCUGAGCGCAAAGGAGGAGCGGAGUCCCCAGGCUCUGGUUCCUGCCAGCGAGGACGCCGCCAAGACCCCCAGCCCGGCCGCGGCCGAGGAGGCCGGGGAGCCCGAGACCAAGGGGAACAGCUGA